ACCUCCUUUUCCAUCUCAAACCAAAGGCAAAUAAGCAACAGGUAAAGAAAUCUCUGCUCACUUUCCACACAAAUCGAGAGCUAGGGUUAGGGUUUCUGUUUCAUCUAAAAAUGACUUCUGAUGGAGGAUCGGGCAAGGGAAAAGGCGGCGCAGGUAGAGGAAAACCUAAGGCGACGAAAUCGGUGUCUCGGUCUUCAAAAGCGGGGCUCCAAUUCCCCGUUGGUAGGAUCGCUCGUUUCCUUAAGGCUGGAAAGUAUGCUGAACGUGUUGGUGCUGGUGCGCCGGUUUACCUAUCUGCUGUCCUUGAAUACCUCGCAGCUGAGGUGUUGGAGUUGGCAGGGAAUGCAGCAAGGGAUAACAAGAAGAAUCGUAUUGUGCCGAGGCACAUUCAGUUGGCUGUGCGGAAUGAUGAGGAGCUGAGCAAGCUUUUAGGUCAGGUUACAAUUGCUAAUGGAGGUGUCAUGCCCAACAUUCACCAGAAUCUAUUGCCUAAAAAGACUGGCUCGGGCAAGGGUGAUAUUGGCUCUGCAUCUCAAGAGUUUUAGAUUUGCUCUAUUUCUUGUUUUGGGGAAAUGAUUAAAAGUAAACAUAGUUAUGUAAAAUAGAAAUGGCUGUUGUCUUGAUAAUACUUUCGAACAUUGAAUUCUAUGGCAUUGUCAACUUGCAGUUUUGGUAAUACAUUGUGGAAUGUUUUUGUGAAUGGAAUUGGAUUAAUUGUUCUGAAGUA